UGUGGGCUUCAGUCACACGAAUGGGUUCAAUAAAUACUUCCCUUCCUUUGUGUACCUGUUAUAAGCUGAAACCUGAAAACACACUCUCACUCCCUGCUCUCUCUCUACCAGCCCCGGAUGAUCAUGAUGUUGGUGGUGUGUUUGGCUGUGCUGCAGGUGAACAACUACACAUGUUUUUGUUUGGACGGUUACGACGGCCCUAACUGUGGCCUGGAUUACGACGAGUGUCUGUCAGCACCCUGUCACAUGGACAGCACGUGCAACAACUUCAUCCGCUUCUUCAACUGUACUUGCCCGGCAGGCCGUACCGGUACGCUGUGCAUGCAGGAUGUGGAUGAGUGUAGCCCCACUGCCACUCCAUUACCGGCAUCACUCUGCUUGAACGGAGCUACUUGUGCCAAUACGGAUGGCUCGUACCAGUGUUCUUGUUCUGCUGGCUUUACUGGCGCUGACUGUGCACAAGACAUAGCCGAGUGCGACUCAAUGCCGUGCGCGAACGAUGGCAGCUGCACAGAGCCUAGUCCCGGCGGCUAUGUGUGUAGCUGUGUGACCGGCUACACUGGGAUGAACUGUGAAAGUGACAUUGACGAAUGUCUAACAAUGAACUGCCAGAAUGGUGCUACAUGUACUGACAGUGUUGGCUUUGCUACCUGCUCCUGUGCCACUGGCUUCACGGACAGCUUGUGUUCAAUGGACAUCGACGACUGCCAGCCCCAGCCUUGCCGAAACGGCGGCACCUGCCACGAUGAGGUUGCCGGAUUUAACUGCACGUGUGCCAGUGGAUGGUUUGGCGUCGACUGCGCUAGCAACACAAACGAGUGUGCAUCAACACCAUGCACGAACAACGGAACGUGCACGGAUAUCGUCAAUGGUUACCAGUGCACUUGCCCGAGUGGAUUUACUGGUGACCAUUGCCAAACGAUGAUCAACGAGUGUGAAUCAAUGCCAUGUGGCAACGGCGGGACGUGUAUAGAUCUUCUUGCCAGCUUCAGUUGUAUGUGUGCGGAUGGAUUUACUGGCCUGAUGUGUGAAACCAAUGUGGAUGAUUGUGCUGCCCAACCAUGUCAACAUGGCAGUACAUGUGUGGACGGCGUUGACACAUUCACUUGCACGUGUGUUGCCGGAUAUACAGGCUCCAAUUGCCAGACCAACAUCGAUGACUGCAUCAGCGCUGUAUGUGGUACCGGUGUUUGUGUGGACGGUGUCAAUGGGUUCACCUGCAGCUGUGACACUGGAUUUACUGGUGACCGAUGUCAGACAAACAUAGAUGAUUGCAGUGGAGUAUCAUGUGGAAAUGGUGUCUGUGUGGAUGGUAUAGACACAUUCACAUGCAACUGUAAUGCAGGAUUCACAGGCUCAAGCUGCCAGACCAACAUUGACGACUGUCUUGGCGUAACAUGCGGAAACGGAAUGUGCAUUGAUGGCAUCGAUGGCUUUGCCUGCAGCUGUACCUCGGGAUUUACCGGUGACCGAUGUCAGACAAACAUAGAUGAUUGCAGUGGAGUAUUAUGUGGUAAUGGUGUCUGUGUGGAUGGUAUAGACACAUUCACAUGCAACUGUAAUGCAGGAUUCACAGGUGCCAGCUGUCAGACCAACAUUGAUGAUUGUGUUGGAGUGACAUGCGGCAGUGGAGUUUGUGUGGAUGGUGUGGAUGGUUUUACGUGCAGCUGCAAUCUUGGAUUCACAGGCUCAAGUUGCCAGACAAAUAUCAACGACUGUAGUGGAAUUUCCUGUGGAAACGGAGUGUGCCGUGAUCUUAUCGACCACUUUGUAUGUCAGUGCAACUCUGGCUUCACUGGUGACCGAUGUCUGACAAACAUAGAUGAUUGCAGUGGAGUAUCAUGUGGUAAUGGUGUCUGUGUGGAUGGUAUAGACACAUUCACAUGCAACUGUAAUGCAGGAUUCACAGGUGCCAGCUGCCAGACCAACAUUGAUGAUUGUGUUGGAGUGACAUGCGGAAAUGGAGUUUGUGUGGAUGGUGUGGACGGUUUUACGUGCAGCUGUAAUCUUGGAUUCACAGGCUCAACUUGCCAGACAAAUAUCAACGACUGCAGUGGAAUUUCCUGUGGAAAUGGAGUGUGCCGUGAUCUUAUAGACCACUUUGUAUGUCAGUGCAACUCUGGCUUCACUGGUGACCGAUGUCAAACAAACAUAGAUGAUUGCAGUGGAGUAUCAUGUGGUAAUGGUGUCUGUGUGGAUGGUAUAGACACAUUCACAUGCAACUGUAAUGCAGGAUUCACAGGCGCCAGCUGUCAGACCAACAUUGAUGAUUGUGUUGGAGUGACAUGCGGCAAUGGAGUUUGUGUGGAUGGUGUGAACGGCUUUACGUGCAGCUGUAAUCUUGGAUUCACAGGCUCAAGUUGCCAGACUAAUAUCAACGACUGUAGUGGAGUUUCCUGUGGAAAUGGAGUGUGCCGUGAUCUUAUUGACAGCUUUGUAUGUCAGUGCAGCUCAGGUUUCACUGGUGACCGAUGUCAGACAAACGUAGAUGAUUGCAGUGGAGUAUCAUGUGGUAAUGGUGUCUGUGUGGAUGGUGUAGACACAUUCACAUGCAACUGUAAUGCAGGAUACACAGGCGCAAGUUGUCAGACGAAUAUUGAUGAAUGUGUUGGAGCAACGUGUGGCAGUGGCGUCUGUGUUGACGGCAUCAACGGCUUCACAUGCAAUUGCAAUUCCGGAUUUACAGGUGACCGAUGUCAGACCAACAUAGAUGAUUGCAGUGGAGUGUCAUGUGGUAAUGGCGUCUGUGUGGAUGGUAUAGACACAUUCACAUGCAACUGUAAUGCAGGAUACACAGGCUCGCAAUGCCAGACCAGCCAGAGCACUUGCCUGACCCAGCCAUGCCUCAACGGAGGCACGUGCACAGAUGACAUUACCGGCCGUAUGUGUACCUGUGCGGCUGGAUGGACAGGCACAGACUGUCAGACACAGAUGAACGAGUGCAUGUCAACACCAUGCCAGCACUCAAGUACGUGUCAUGACACCCUGAACGGCUAUACGUGCUCAUGUACACCUGGGUACACAGGUGUGCAGUGCCAGAGCAAUGUGGACGAGUGUAGCAGCGAUCCGUGCACGGGCAACAACUCCACCUGCAUGGACAUGAUCAACGGCUUCAUGUGCCUCUGUGAGCCAGGAGUAACUGGAAGCCGCUGUGAAUCAUCCAGCACGGCCUGUGACAGCAUUCCUUGUCUGAACGACGCCGUGUGCGAGGCCAACGCCACGACCGGCGAGUACAAGUGCUACUGCGUGCCUGGCUUCAGUGGUCUGCAGUGCGGCCUAAACGUACGUGAAUGCCUGGCAGUACCGUGCGCCAACGGAGCACGCUGCAUCGACCUGCUAGACGACUUUGCUUGUGACUGCAGCGGGACUGGGUUUGAGGGACGCAACUGCUCGGUGGACAUCGACGAGUGCCAGCGGGGAAGUCCCUGUCGGAACGGCGCCACCUGCAGCAACACCCAUGGUUCCUAUCAGUGCGCCUGUGUGCCAGGUUUCACCGGCCAGGACUGCGACGUGGAUGUCGAUGAUUGUCUCGGCGAUCCGUGUCAGAACCACGCCACAUGUACGGACACCGGUCGUCAAUCGUUCAGCUGCAGUUGUCGUGCCGGCUUCACAGGGACGGUGUGCGAAACGAACAUUGACGAUUGUGAACAGCACACAUGUCAGCACGGUGCGACGUGUGUUGAUGGCGUUGCCCUGUUCACGUGUCAGUGCGCUAGCGGAUACACCGGUACGCGAUGUGAGACGAAUAUCGACGAUUGUUCUCCGCAGCCGUGUAGCAACGGCGCUACUUGCACGGACCUGGUCAAUGACUACAAUUGCACGUGUGCACCGGGAUGGCAUGGUCGCGAUUGCGACCUGGACAGGAACGAGUGUGCCAGUAUGCCGUGUAGUAAUAACGCAACCUGCCAGGAUAUUGUAAAUGGCUAUGUGUGUACGUGCCCGGCCGGUUAUACGGGGUCGAUGUGUCAGACUAAUAUAGACGAGUGUGCGUCCGCUCCGUGUCAUGCCGCGUACGGGACGUGCGUCGAUCACAUCGACGGAUUCCACUGUGACUGCGUGGCGGGCCGGACUGGUCGGCUGUGUGACGUUGACAUCAUCGAGUGUCGCAGUGACUCCUGCGCUAACCGGGGAACAUGCACAGACGUGGUGAAUGGCUUCACGUGCAACUGUGCAGCCGGAUUCACCGGAGUGCAGUGCCAGACGGAUGUCGAUGACUGCGCUCGUGCACCAGACCAAUGCAACAACGGCACGUGCGUGGACCUCGUUGACGACUUUCGCUGCGAUUGCCUGCAGGGCUUCACCGGCGCUGUGUGCGACACUGAUAUCCUGGAGUGUGUGUCCAUGCCAUGCCAGCAGGGUAGCUGCGUGGAGGGCAUCAACGGCUACCAGUGCGCUUGCAACCCUGGUUACACUGGCAUUCUGUGUGGUGUGGAGAUUGACGAAUGCGUCGGCGUGGACUGCAACAACGGCAACUGCACCGACCUGGUGGCCGGAUUCCGCUGCGUGUGCGAAUCCGGCUUCACCGGCAGCCGCUGUCAGAUUGAAAUCGAUGAGUGUGCGAGCCAGCCAUGCCAGAACAACGGCACGUGUAUCGACAUGACUGAUGACUACUUGUGUACGUGUGCGAUGGGAACCACAGGUGACCGCUGUGAAAUUGAGAUCGACGAGUGUGCCAGCCAGCCGUGCGUGAACGGCAUAUGCCUGGACAGACGCAAUGCAUUUGAGUGUAGAUGUACGCCGGGCUACACGAAUGCCAGAUGUUCGGAGAACGUAGAUGAAUGUCUGAGCACCCCGUGCCAAAACGGUGGGACGUGUUUGGACGGCAUUAACAAGUUUAAUUGCACCUGUGUACGCGGCUAUCAGGGAACUCGGUGUGAGCAAAAUAUCAAUGAAUGCUUGCAGCAGCCAUCUCUGUGUCUGAACGGUGCUACAUGCCACGAUACAAACGGCUCCUACGUGUGCGCGUGUGGCGACGGAUUCACCGGGCAACACUGCACCACGGACAUACAGGAGUGUGACUCCAGUCCCUGCAGCCCUAACGGUCAGUGUUCCGAGCCCACGCCUGGUCACUAUAAUUGCACGUGUGAUCAAGGAUGGGCCGGAGACCAGUGCCAACUGAACACGGAUGAGUGCAGGUCGUCGCCAUGCCUGAACAAUGGUACGUGCACAGACCUCACCAACGCCUUCAGCUGUGCCUGCGUGAGUGGAUUCACCGGACCGAGAUGCGGUGUUGAUGUCGACGAAUGCUUGUCCAAUCCCUGCGUGAACGGCACGUGUCACGAUCGGCCGGGCUACUACGAAUGUCUGUGCGUGCCGGGUUUCUUCGGUGAUCAAUGCCAGACGGAUCGCAACGAAUGUGCAAGCUCACCAUGCACUGCGGGUAAUGGCCGCUGCCAUGACGUUGUCAAUGGUUACCUGUGCCAGUGUGAUCCAGGGUUCACGGGCGGCCUCUGUGAGACAAAUAUCAACGAGUGUAGCAGUGAUCCGUGUAUGUUUGGUGGCACAUGUGUGGACGGUCGAAACCAGCACCAAUGUCAGUGUGCGAACGGAUAUACUGGCGCGCGUUGUGAGGUCAACAUUGACGAUUGUGUCGGCCAUAAUUGUGUGAAUGGUCUUUGCAUAGACGGUGUGGCUUCGUUUACCUGCCAUUGUGAUACUGGUUUUAAUGGCUCUACGUGUGCGGAGGAUAUCGACGAUUGUGCGGUGGACGACACUCUCAGCGGUCCAUGUCUCCAAGGCAACUGCACGGAUCUCGUCAACGACUUUUUUUGCACGUGCUUUCCAGGAUUCACCGGCCGAGACUGUGAUGUCAAUAUUGACGAGUGCUCGUCACAGCCCUGCACCAAUGGAGCAUCGUGCAGAGAUCUGGUGGAUGCGUUUGCUUGCGACUGUUCCGCUGGCUUCACUGGACGCCUGUGUGAGACCAAUAUCGACGAUUGUGCCAUCGCCAGCGCCGGCCUGUUGCAGGGAGUAUGCGGGCAGCAGGGCACCUGUGUAGACCUGGUCGGUGCUCAUCGAUGUGUCUGUGAUGCUGGCUACACUGGAGAUAGGUGUCAGACGGAGAUCAACGAAUGCGCCAGUGCUCCGUGCAUUAACAACGGCACUUGUACCGACGAGAUUGCGCGGUUCCGUUGCACAUGCCCGGCAGGAUUCACGGGAGAGCGUUGUAUGACAAACAUUGAUGAAUGCCAGUCCAAUCCGUGUGUGAACGGUAUCUGCCGCGACCGCGUCAACGGCUUCAUGUGCUUCUGCAUUCCCGGCUAUCAGGGUUCGCGCUGCGAUUUGGAGGUGCGGGAGUGCCUCUCCGAUCCGUGCCUGAACGGAGCGACGUGCGUGGACGAGCUCAACCAGUACCGCUGUCAGUGUGCGCCCGGCUACAGUGGGCAAGUGUGUCAGAUUGACAUUGACGACUGUCUGUCUAACCCGUGCCUGAACAACGCCACAUGCGCCAACCUACCCGGCCGGUUCGAGUGCACGUGUCCGGUCGGUUUCACGGGCCCUCAGUGCGAAUUUGAGAUCAACUACUGCCAGCCGCAUCCGUGCAAUACUGGCUUGUGCAUCCACAAUCGUGUAGGCUACCAGUGCUACUGUCCAGCCGGUGUUCUGGGCACAACGUGCAAUGAAGACUUUGACGAGUGUCGCUACUACUCCCCGUGUGCACCAACGUCAACCUGCAUUAACCUGCAGAACGACUAUGCGUGCAACUGCUCGGCUGGCUUCACUGGGCUCACGUGUAGCGAGAACAUUGACGAAUGUUUGUCUCAACCGUGCGGCAUGAACGGUUCGUGUAUUGAUGGUGUCAACGGCUACACCUGCACGUGUAUUCCGGGCUUGACUGGACCACGCUGUGACGAGGAUAUCGACGGCUGCAUCGACCACGCCUGCAUGAACGGUGCCACGUGCCGCGAUCGAAUGGUGGGUUUCGAUUGCGCGUGCCUCGCGGAUUUCACGGGCAGGCUGUGCGAGACGCAGAUCGACGAUUGCGUGCCGUUUCCGUGUCGUAACAAUGCCACGUGUGUUGACGGCGUGCGCUCGGCGUCCUGCCUGUGCCAGAUGGGCUUCAUGGGAGCCGAUUGCGGUGUGGGAAUUAAUGAGUGUGCGUCACAGCCAUGUGUAAACGGAUCCUGCAUGGACAUGCACAAUGCAUUCCGCUGCCAGUGUGACGCGGGUUACACUGGCAUGAUGUGUGCGCAAGAGCUUAACGAAUGCAUGUCCUCGCCCUGUGUCAACGGCGGCACGUGUAUUGAUCUGGUUGCCGACUACCAGUGCACGUGUCCGAGUCACUCUACUGGACGUGACUGCCAAGUCGACGUACUCGAGUGCGCAUCUAAUCCGUGCGGUCCGGGCAGCUCUUGCCUCGAAGGCAGAGGGCAGUUCAGCUGCGUGUGUCCGCCAGGGCUGACCGGCUUGCUCUGCGAUCAGGUUGUCAUUGCUUGCACUAAUAAUCCCUGUGUGCGAGGUACCUGUCAGGAGCUGGGUCUGGGCGUGUUCAACUGCUCAUGCCCAACCGGCUACACAGGCAUGCUCUGUGAAGAGGACGUGAAUGAGUGCAACGCUUCGCCAUGCACCACGGGCUCUACAUGCACCAACCUCCCUGGCUCCUUUGCGUGUAACUGCUCCUCAGAUCGUGCCGGUCAGUUCUGCCAGGUGAACACCACGCUUUGCCCAUACAGACCCUGCGUCUCUGGAUUCUGUACUGAGUCAUUUCGGUUUGGAGACCAGUUUGACAGCCAGGGAUUUCAUGUCCAGCCACGGUAUGGCAUGUGUGUCUGUCCACUGGGCCGGACUGGUGCGUUCUGCGAACACGACAUUGAUUUCUGCUCCAUGCAGGCAAACGGUUCUUCUCUAUCAAGCAGCCCAUGCCUGAACGGAGCCACGUGCCAGGACGGCGCCGCCAUGUAUACGUGCCUGUGUCCCCCCGGUUUCACCGGCUUCAACUGUGAACAGAAUGUGGACGAGUGCCAGAGUUCACCGUGCUCUAACGACUCUGCCGCAUGCGUGGACGGUAUCAACGGGUUCAGCUGUGCGUGCAACCCAGGUUUCACUGGCCGACUGUGUGAGACGGAUAUUAACGAAUGUGACAGUGUGGCGUGCCAAAACGCCGCAACGUGCACUGAUCUGAUCCACGACUAUCGGUGCGAGUGUGUUCCUGGAUAUACCAGCCGUCAUUGCGAAACCAAUAUUGAUGAGUGUUUGAGCAUGCCGUGUGCAUCGAACGGUACAUGCGUUGAUCGUGUCAACGCCUUCGAGUGCGUCUGUAGUGCCGGUGUCACAGGAGUGUUGUGUGACGUGUCGGUCGAUGAUUGCGCCUCACAGCCGUGUGUGAAUGGAGCAUGCCAUGACGGUCACAACAUGUACACGUGCGUCUGUACACCCGGCUAUACUGGACAACAAUGCGAGACGGAGCUGCUGGAAUGCGCCAGCAAUCCCUGUAACAACGGCUCGUGUGUGGAUCUGAUCAACACGUUCCUGUGCAACUGCCAUGCUGGGUUCACCGGCCGUACCUGCCAGAUCAACAUCAACGAAUGCGAUGACUCGCCGUGCAACAGUACCGGCUCGAGCAGCUGCACGGAUACCGCGGGAAGCUUCCUGUGCAACUGUUUGCCUGGGUACACCGGGCAACUAUGCGGGAGUGAUGUUGAUGAGUGCGCCCAGGUACCUCACCCAUGUCUGAACGGCGGACAUUGUAGGAACACGGUGUUCCCGUAUACUUGCUUCUGUGCCCCGGGCUACAACGGUCGGAACUGUGAGGUGAUGAUUGACCCGUGCAUGAGUAGUCCCUGCAUGUCCGGUACUUGUACCAUGGUGAACGGUACACUGUUCUCGUGUGCGUGUCCGGCGUACAGUACCGGUACACGCUGCGAGACCAUUGUGGAUUGGUGUGCCUCGCUCGACGCCUCUGAACAGUGUAACAGUGCUGGUGGCGUGUGCGUCAACAAUGCUACGCUACCGAGUGGUUACUACUGCCGGUGUCGCCUUGGCUUUGCCGGCACCCGGUGCGAGAUUCUCACUCCUGCACCGCCGCCACCUCCAACAUCUCCUCCGACGCCUCCACCAACCAGCAUGCCGACCACCACACCAACCACCACACCAACCACUACUCCGACGACAACACCAACCACCACACCAACCACCAUGCCAACCACCACACCAACCACCAUGCCAACUACCACACCAACAACCACACCAACGACAAUGCCGACCACCACACCAACCACCAUGCCAACAACAGCUCCGACAACUGUUCCACCCGGGCCAUGUGAUGUGAACCCAUGCCAGAACGCAGGCAUGUGCGAAGUAACAGGAGCUACAACCUUCCAAUGCCACUGUGCACCAUUCUACCAGGGAACCACGUGUAGCCAAGAUGUUACACUCACUACCCCAGCAUUUUCAGGUAACUCACUGAUCAUCUUAAACAGCUCUCUGGUACCGACGAGCAACACCAUUCGCUUCAGGACAUCAUCACCUACAGGAAUUCUGCUCUACGCUGCGGAUAGCUUGCUCUCUGCCCAGACAUUCCUGGCACUGUACGUCAGCAAUGGUGUAGUAUCUCUGCAAGUCGGGUGCACGGGCACGUCGCCGCAGGAGAUGACUGUGCAAAGCUCUGUGACGGUCAAUGACUUUGCUCCGUAUCACGAAGUACAGUUCAGCUUCAGUACGACAGAGUCCCAAAUACUCUUCAGAGUAGACACGGAACAGCCCAGACUGCUGACACACGAGUGUGUAUCCAGGCUAGGCUCACUGGCAACUCCACUCUACCUUGGUCACCGGCCAAGCUUCUCCGCAGCUAAUCCUGCCCCGCCAAUGCUGGCAAUAGCCACGUCGAGUGGUCUCCAGGGCUGUACCAUAAUGGCUCAAUUUGGAACCACACCAGCAAGCCUACUUUCUUCUUACUUGCCCGGCACAAGAAAUCUCCUGCAGUGCGCUGAUGCACCGUGCACAGCAGAGACUAACUCAUGUCUGAACGGCGGUACUUGCGUGGCGACCGGCUUUGGCAGCCAGGAAUUCAGCUGCACUUGUUCACCGGGAUACAGCGGGUCCAGGUGUCAGACACUUGUGGAGCCUUGCUUAGCCAAUCUCUGCCAGAAUGGGGCAAGUUGCAUUCACCAUGGCGGCUCGAGCUACACAUGCGUAUGCCGAUAUCCGUUUGGUGGGACAAACUGUGAAACAGAUUUAACGCCGGUCCCUGUUCCGAGCUUCACGGGAUCAUCGUACCUAGCCUACUCUCUAACCGGCUCAGCUCUGCGCAGCACGACAAACAUUAAGUUUGACGUCCGCACCCUGUCCGACCAUCAAACCGCCCUGCUUGCCUACACCAAGUGCCCGACGUGCUCCGACUUUGUGGCCGUGCAUCUUCGCAACAACACGGUGGUGGUCACGUUCAACUUUGGCUUUGUUACCACUCAGGUGUCGAGCACGCAGAGGAUACCCGCAAAUCAGUUUGUGACAAUUGACAUCCGGCGAUCGGGAAAACAGAUCUCAUUGGCGGUCUCCGGUCAGCUAACUGUCGCGUUCACACAUACCGGUCCAUUCAGCUCGUUGGACCACUCAGCGUUCCUUCACAUCGGCGGCGGGCCAGCCUCCAUCCUGGCGGAAGCCUCGCAGCGCCAGUUGGCAAUGACUGGACUUAUUGGAUGCUUCAAAAACUUCCAGGUGAAUGGCGAGACGUUGCCACUGAGCUCGGGCUGGGGAGUUGACAAGUGCUUCCCGUGCCUGGCCUCCACACCGUGCAUGAACAACGGUGCGUGUACGUCUCUGAGUCGCACGGCAUUCUCGUGUGCCUGCACGGCGGCCUACACUGGGCCCACGUGCCAAACUGCAAUCACAGCAUGCGAUUCAAACCCAUGCCCAUCCGGCAGUACAUGCACAGCAUCGGACUUGUCUUCGUUCAUCUGCCAGUGUCCGUUGGGAAGAGCGGGCACCUUAUGCGAAACAGUUGUGGCUACAGUGGAUAGGCCAAGCUUCCAUCCCAUGCUCAGCUCCUACCUUGAGCACAGCAACCUGAGAAGCUCCGUGCUGACGCUGACCAAUGUCACCAUCCGUUUCAGGCCGGUCGGAGCCAGUGUGACCGGCAUACUGCUCUACAUGGCACAGUACGCGACGAGCGUGGCCGGUGAUUUCUUCAUGGUGGCGCUGGAUCAGUCUCAACUGCUGCUACGCUACAAUCUCGGCGCUGGGGUCAUCACGGUGCGUCACGGCACAACGCUGACAACUGAAACCUGGUACACCGCUCGAAUCCUUCGCCAGGGCUUGGCAGCCACACUGAGCAUUGAUGGAAUAUCCGGCAAGCCACAGGGCAGCGCUCAGGGCCUGACAUCGCUCAAUGUUCUCAUCCCGACCUACGUUGGCGGAGCUCCAGCACCAUCUACGGUUACUUACCUGGCUGGGAUCAGCUCUUCGUUCUCCGGUUGCAUACAGAGUGUACAGGUGAAUGCAUUCCCGUUGACCUACUCCACUGCAUCUGCUGGCCGGGGCAUAACCGAAUGCCAAGUGCCUCCCUGCGAGCUAUCGCCAUGCCAGAAUGGUGGCUCCUGUGCCAAUGUCAACAGCACCCACCGCGUGUGCAGCUGUCUUCCGGGAUUCCACGGACCGGAUUGUAUCGAUGCCUGCACGUACAACGCUCACAACUGCUCAGCUGCCGGCAUGUGCUGCACGCUGCCUGGCAACCUCGCCGUCUUCGAGUGUGUAUGCCCUCCGACAAGAUCUGGGCAGACUUGCAGCGCAGCUGGGCCAGCAUACACAUCGUUGUCGUUCAACGGUGACGGAUACGCCACAUACGACCAUGUGAUUGUGACGUCUGUUGAAACACUAGUAACAUUCACCGUGACGACGAGCAACAGCCACGGUUUGAUCAUGUACUUGCCUCCUCCACCCCAACAGAGAGACUACUACCAUGUGGGUGUCUUCAAUGGCUUUGUCGAGUUCCGGUUUGAUCUUGGUGCGGGAGAGACGAUGGUGACAUCAUCCACACGGGUUGAUGAUGGCCUCCCACAUAUCAUCAGAAUCUCCAGGAUCGGCCGCACUGCCAGCUUAGCAGUGGACAGCAAUCCAGCUGUGGUGAGAGUAGCCUCCAGCAGCAGCACAGGAUUGAACAACCCAAACAGCGUCUACAUCGGUGGAAUAGAUGCAGGGUGCGAGCGCUACACUGCCGGCAUGUCGAUAUCACCGUACUCUAGCCUUCUUGCUGGCCGAUUCAGGAAUGGUUUCGUCGGCUGCUUGAACACUAUCAGCGUGAGCAAUGUGGCUCUGCCACUGAGUGCGGCAAGAUCAGGUGCAAGAGUCCAGAAUGGGCAAUGUGGUGCUGUUGUUACACCAUAGCGGCAAACAAUAUGAAAGCAGACAUUAGUAUACAAUUUACACACUAUGAUAUUCAGUGUGAAUACUGCCAUUGGACACUUUGUACAAUAUGUUAAAAAUUCGUGCCAGGAAUACAUUCCUCGGCAUUCACCAUAUCAAAGCAGAGUGCAUUCUUUGACCAAUGUUGUUCGGUCUCGUUUAGGACUGGAAGUGAUCCUGUGCCGAAAUUCCUCACCUGUACAGCCAUCUUGAGUGUAUUGACAACGAUUGCGCAGUUUUUGACUUUUUGUAGAAAUCGUUCUGCUACUGUUAUGCAUCAUGGCAAUUCAUGCUUUACACAUCAUGCAUGCACUACGAUGAUGGUCUCUGUGAGCUGUUCGGAGACCUGUUUACAUGUUGAAGACUCGAACACCAGCAGCUGUUAUGCCCGAGAUAAACUAGAGUUGACGCAAGGCUCAGUGAUGCAUCCUUUAUUCUCUUUCAAAACCGUUUGUGCUUCAUCCCCCCCCCCCCCCCUCCCUCACUAGUUGUUUUCACCACACCACUAAAUUUGAUUUCCACUGGUACAACUAGAUCCUACUCGAUAGUCUGACCUACCAGUGCUAUACUCGUAGUAGGCCCGGUUUUUUUAAGCGUGUCCCUUUGUUCUAGGUGGUUGAGUCUGCAGUUCAUCAAAUUUUAUUCUACAUGCUACAUGUAUGAGGAUCAGUAUCUGAAGCAUUCUUGUGUGAUAAUUGUGGCUUUUUGGG